ACAGACCUGACUGUUAGUUUUAUAUCAGAGCCGCUGAGCUGGGGACACACAGACACAGACACACAGACACAGGGCAACAAGGAGGGCACAGGAGGCAUCAGUGGGGCACCCACCAGUAUCACCCAUGUCUCCAUCUCGUCUGUGCUGUUUGCUCCUACUCACUCUCGCAGUGCUUGGGAAAGGAGCGAAAGGGCAAAGUAAUAGCGAAGUAGACGAGCAAUGCAAGAAAUCUGACCUCUCCAGGGAUCCAAAUGUGCAGCUUGUUCCACCCCAAGAUUAUUAUCCCCCAAACACUGAGGUGUCUGUGAGGUGCCCACUGGGAUAUAAACCCCCGCAGGACACAAUUACAUGUAAAUCUGCACAAUAUGAGUCUGUGUGGGAUGUAACCGACAUUCGGUGUGAGGUCCAGUGUCACCUGUCAGCACUACAUGGAAUAUACAGGAGAGACAAGGAAUAUUAUGAUCCAGAGGAAUCAGUGACAGUGCAGUGUAUGGUGGGAUAUUACCCUAAAGAAGUGACAAUAAGAUGUAUGAGGAAUGGGACGAGCAGCUCGUGGGAUAAUCAUGUUCACUGCACAGAGCAAUGCAAGAAAUCUGACCUCUCCGUGGAUCCAAAUGUGCAGCUUGUUCCUGAUAAAUAUUAUUAUUGGCCCAGGGAUGAGGUGUCUGUGAGAUGUAAAGAAGGAUAUAAAGCUUCACACAAGACAAUAACAUGUAAAGCUGAACAUGAUAAGAAUGUGUGGAAUGUAACAGCCCCUAUUAACUGUGUUGAGCAAUGCAAGAAAUCUAACCUCUCCAUGGAUCCAAAUGUGCAGCUUGUUCCACCCCAAGAUUAUUAUCCCCCAAACACUGAGGUGUCUGUGAGGUGCCCACUGGGAUAUAAACCCUCACGGGACACAAUUACAUGUAUAUCUGCACAAUAUGAGUCUGUGUGGGAUGUAAAUACACUCAUUCGCUGUGUGGACCAGUGUCUCCUGUCACAGAUAAAUGGAAUAAACAGGACUGGGGGAGACAAGGAAUAUUAUUAUCCAGAGGAAUCAGUGACAGUGCAGUGUAUAGGAGGAUAUUACCCUACGAGAGUGACAAUAAAAUGUAUGAGGAAUGGGGCGAUCACCUCAUGGGAUAAUCGUGUUCCCUGCACAGAGCAAUGCAAGAAAUCUGACCUCUCCAUGGAUCCAAAUGUGCAGCUUGUUCCUGAUAAAUCAUAUUAUUGGCCCAACACUGAGGUGUCUGUGAGAUGCCAACUGGGAUAUAAACCCUCCCAGGAAACAAUAACAUGUAAAUCUGCACAAGAUAAGAAUGUGUGGGAUAUAAAUAUACCCUUUGGGUGUGUGGCCCAGUGUCGUCUGUCACAGAUAAAUGGAAUAUACAAGACUGAGGGAUACAAGGAAUAUUAUGAUUCAGGGAUAUCAGUGACAGUGUCAUGUGUACAGGGAUAUUACCCUAAGUACAAGACAAUAACAUGUAUGAGAAAUGAGAUGAGACCCAAAUGGGAUAAUCUUGUUCCCUGCACAGAGCAAUGCAAGAAAUCUGCCCUCUCCAUGGAUUCAAAUGUGCAGCUUGUUCCUGAUAAAUCAUAUUAUUGGCCCAGGGAUGAGGUGUCUGUGAGAUGUAAAGAAGGAUAUAAAGCUUCUCCCAACACAAUAACAUGUAAAGCUGAACAAUAUGAGAAUGUGUGGGAUGUAACAGGCCCUAUUCACUGUGUGGAACAAUGUGCAAAGCCGACAGGACCAGGAAUCAAUCCUUUAUCUCUGAACAAAGAUUUCUAUGAUCAAUGGGAAUUUGUAACAGUGACCUGUGCCCGGGGGUAUCAUGCCAUAUCUGGGGCAAUUACAUGUGAAUGGCGUGGUGCCCACCCUAACUGGAACAUGUUAAACCCCUGUAUUGCUUUCCAGGUAACUGUGACACGUGUCACUCCCACCAGCAUCUCCCUCCAAUGGGAAUGUGGCCCUGGGCCCUGCCAAUCAUACUGGCACAUUGGUGUUUCCUAUGAGACAUUGGGGCAAAGCCAAGGAAAGAGUCAGACAGAAAUAGGGACAGAGGGAGUGACACUCAGUGAGUUACAGCCCUACACUGAGUAUAUAAUAAUCUUCUUUGGGAACAGAAGAGGAAAAUGGACAGAACUGGAGAGAAGAACCAUCAGGACAAAGGAAUCAGCUCCGGGGAGACCAGAUUUCACUCAGCGUCCAAGUGUUAAUGAUAAUAAUAAUAUACUUAAAUGGCGACUGUCAGAGACACAUGGAGUUCUUACUGGGUACCAGCUGAACAUCUCGGCCCAGAGAGAAUACGACUUGUCAUUCAGUGAAACAGAAUCUCAUUGGCUGAGACCCAACGUGAGGGAGUUUAAUAUGGAGCUCAAACAUGGAACCAAUUACACUGUGACUCUCCAAGGCUUCACUUCAGCUGGACCUGGGGAACCUGCAGUCUGGACUCAUGAGACUCCUAUAGCAGAACCUCUGAAGCACCAAAUGAAUGAGAUCAAAUUAGACAAACAGACGGCCAUGUUUAUCCUUUAUCCUGUUCCCAAUCAGCACGGACCAAUCAGUUCCUAUGAGAUAAUCAUCAGCAGAGGAUGGAACGGGAGCUUGAGUCCUUUCUGCAGCAGUUACAGCAGCACAAGAUACAACUGCAGCCAUACCCCGAGUCUGUACACGGCACUGCUACUCCCAGCUGAGAAUGUUACAGGGAGUAGGAGUCUGACCCUCGGGGAUGGGCUGCACUAUGGCAGCUUCUACAAUGCUCCCCUGAGCCCACAUCAGAACUACACGGUGUACCUGAGAGUCACCAGCACAUGGAAGCAGGUGAAUAAAUCCUCCUGCACCAGAUUUGAUCCCUUCCUCAUCGCAGGAAACCAGCCCCUCCCACCUACACUGAUUGGAGGACUUGUAGGGGGCGGGGCCCUACUGCUGCUCCUGGUGGUCCUGCUGGCCUUCUGCAAGCUGGGAUUGGUCAGAUCUGCAAUGUGUCAGUCUUCUUUUGGCCUGUCCAAUUGGAACCCAAUGGGCAACAGAAAUGCUCAUGGUAAGAAGAAGAGAGACAUUCCAGUCGAUGAUCUACUUGAGGUUGUAAAAAGGUUUCGGAAUGAGGAGCUGUUGGUCAAUAAAGAGGGUGAUGAGGAGAAUUCCAACAUGUUACCUGUGGGGCGUCCCAAGGAAUACAAGGAACUGCCCUCGGGCCCCUUGUACCCCUGUGCCGCUGCCUCAUCUGAGCAGAACAAAACUAAGGACCGAUACAAAAAUGUUAUCCCUUAUGAUAACUGCCGUGUGAUUCUGCGCUCAAACCCCUCAGGGUCGGAUUAUAUCAAUGCCUCGUACAUAGAUGGAUACAAAGAGCCCAAAUUCUUCAUAGCUACCCAAGGUCCCCUCCCAGAGACGUUGGCAGAUUUCUGGCACAUGGUUUGGCAGGAGAAGAGCUCAGUCAUUGUGAUGCUGACGGCUUUAGAGGAGCAGAACAAGGUAAAAUGUGAGCGUUAUUGGCCAGAAGAGAUCCAGACAUAUGGAGACAUCAGAGUUUCAGUAGAAAGUACGAGCCAGACAGGAGCUUUCAUUAGCCGCAGCUUCACCCUACAGAAGGUGGGAGACUCAGCCCAAAGGACAGUAGAGCAUCUGCAUUACCUGCAAUGGCCGGACCAUGGAGUUCCCAGUAAGCCAUCUGGGCUUCUGCAGCUGAUGGACCAGAUGAAUAAGUGCAAGCUUCCCGGGUCAGGCCCAGUUAUAGUGCAUUGCAGUGCAGGGAUUGGUCGGACGGGGACGCUGCUGGCGCUGGACAUAUUGCUGAAGAGGGCACGGGCCGAGGGCAAGGUGAAUGUCUAUGACUGUGCCCUCCAGAUGCGCAGGAGACGACCCAAUAUGAUACAGAACCAGGGUCAGUACAUGUUCCUGUAUGACGUGUUGCUGGAGACACUUGUGUGCAGUUCCACCAGUCUGCCAGUAGAGGGAGUCCUGACUCACAUGCGCCACAUGCAGACCCUGGAUCCUGGAACCAACACAUCCGGCUUCACCAGGGAAUUCCAGGCUGUGGAGAAACUAACAGAACUGUAUAGAAUCUGCUCGUACAGAGAAGCCCAUGAGAAUCACUGCAAGAAUCUUCAUCCCGACAUCAUUCCAGGUGAUCACUGUCGUCCAAUCCUAAUGUCUGUGAUGGACCAACAUGGCGCCCCUGGUUACAUCAAUGCUGUGUUUAUAAAUUCCAACAGCCAAGAGGAUCAGUUCAUUGUCACUCAGCUCCCCAAAUUGGAGACACUGCCGGAUCUCUGGUCCCUGGUGUGGGAUUAUAGAUGCACCUCCAUCAUUGUGAUGCACCCGGCGCAGGACAUACGGCGGCUUUGUCCGCACUUCUGGCCGGUGUCUGGGGAAUCAACUUACAGCAACUUCCAGGUCAAGAAGAUUUCCAGCCUAAGAGACAGCGGCUUCUCUGGGGCGACACUUCACUUGCAGCAUAAGAAAGAGCCCAUCCUUGAGGUGCAGCUGUGGCAUCUGGACUCUUGGCCUAAAGACAAACCUGUUCCACAGAACCCGGGGGCCAUCAUUAGCCUCAUUGGCAAAGUGGAGCGGCUGCAGCAGCAGGACAAAGAGAGUCAUGUACUUGUGAUCUGUAGUGAUGGGGCAACCCGGUCGGGCAUUUUCUGUGCUGGAAGUUUAAUAUGUGACCAGAUCCGCAGCGAUGGAUUCCUGGAUGUUUCCCAAUCAGUGAGAUCCCUCAAGAAACGGAGAAGACAACUCAUUCCUAAUGUAGAUCAGUACUCGUUCUGUUACUCACUGGCUAAGACUUAUUUGGACUCCUUUGAGACCUAUGGGAAUUUCCAGUAGAAUUCCGGAGCUGUUGGACAUGGGAGAGAACCAGGAACUGCCGGUCAGUCUGACCUGAGCCGCACUGCUGACAUUUAGUUCUGUAUAUCUAAAAUGUUCUGUAUAUUUCUAACCAAUAAGAAAUAAUAUUUCAGAAAAUAAAGACAUUAAAUUAUAAUAAAGUUAUUUUAUGGAUUUAAUUAUAAGAUGUUGUUAAAGUCUUUAACUAAUCAGUGUAAUUGUCUCAUUAAUUCUGUUACAUGAACCUUUGAUUAAAUGAACAGAACCAGAUCCAAUGGC